CAGCAAGCCAGGGGAGCGCUUCCCCGCGGGGCUGCCCCGGUGCCCCACACACUCCCAGUUCCAAGGAGCAAGAUGGAGAUGGAUCGCAUGGAGGGCGACUGCGAGGGCAGGGGCGCAUCGUGUGCCCGGCGCAGGGCGGCACCGCUGCCCGGGCCCUGCUCGGCCUGAACGCGCUCGGCACGGGACAGCCCGGCACUCCCGGCUCCGGGGGCUCAGCCCCAAGGGCAGCGCUUGCCACCCGGGCAGCUUCGCAAAGACCUGGGGUAGCCCAGGGCCGGGUGAGACGGGCACCCCCAGCGCGGCUGCCACAGCCAUCCUGCGAGCUCUCCCGCCUUCCAAGGGACUUCCAGCAGGUGGAACCCACUCCUGCUCUGCUGAUCAUGGUCAACAAGACCUUAAAUUACUGGGGUCCCAGUUUUGAGGAGGACGUUAUCAACAUCAACGUGGGGGGUCUGAGGAGGCGGCUCAGCUCCAGCGCCCUCUCCAAGUUCCCCGACACCCGCCUGGGACGGCUGCUCUCCUGCGACUCGGAGGAGUCCAUCCUGCAGCUCUGCGAUGACUACGACGUGAGCGCCAGGGAGUUCUACUUCGACCGAAACCCCGGAUUCUUCCUCUAUGUCCUCCACUUCUACCAGACGGGGAAGCUGCACGUCAUGGAGGAGCUGUGCGUCUUCUCCUUCUGCCAGGAGAUCGAGUACUGGGGCAUCAACGAAUUCUUCCUGGACUCCUGCUGCAGCUACCGCUACCACGAGCGCAAGCUGGAGAGCCGGCACCACAACUGGGAUGAGGAGAGCGAGGUGAGCAGCGUGGACACGUCCCCUGAUGAGAUCUCUGACAUCAACCACGACCUGCUGCGCUACAGCACCCUGCGCUGCGGCAACCUGCGCAAGCGCCUCUGGCUCACCAUGGAGAACCCAGGCUACUCCAUCCCCAGCAAACUCUUCAGCUUCGUGUCCAUCAGCGUGGUGCUGGUGUCCAUAGCCACCAUGUGCAUCCACAGUAUGCCCGAGUACCAGGAGGUGGAUGAGAAUGGCAACGUGCAUGAUGAGCCCAUCUUGCACAAGCUGGAGUAUUUCUGCAUCUCCUGGUUCACCUUUGAAGUAUCCUCCCGCCUCCUGCUCUCACCCAACCCCAGGAAGUUCUUCAAGCACCCGCUGAACCUGAUUGACAUUGUCUCAGUGUUGCCCUUCUACUUCACCCUCCUGGUGGAUGUGACCAUGGGCAGUGACUCGGAGCUGGGCAACCUGGGCAAGGUGGUGCAGGUGUUUCGGCUCAUGAGGAUAUUCCGGGUGCUGAAGCUGGCUCGGCACUCCACUGGACUGAGGUCACUGGGGGCCACCUUGAAGCACAGCUACAGGGAGGUGGGGAUCCUCCUGCUCUACCUGGCCGUGGGGGUCUCUGUCUUCUCUGGAGUGGCCUACACUGCUGAGAAGGAGGAAGACGUCGGCUUCGACACCAUCCCAGCGUGCUGGUGGUGGGGCACGGUCAGCAUGACCACCGUGGGCUACGGUGACGUGGUGCCCGUCACCGUGGCAGGGAAGCUGGCGGCCUCGGGCUGCAUCCUGGGGGGCAUCCUGGUCGUGGCACUGCCCAUCACCAUCAUCUUCAACAAGUUCUCCCACUUCUACCGCAAGCAGAAGGCGCUGGAGGCGGCCGUGAGGAACAGCGGCAAGAAGGACCCUGAGGAGGCGGGGAGCAUCUCCAGCCGCGACCGAGACUCGGAGGCUCUGAGCGAGACCUCCCUGGACAGGGGCAGCCCCGACCGCCGUGGUCUGACCCCCGGUGCCCAGCCCAGCCCCUGACCCCUCGCACUGCAGCCCUGGGCCAUGUGGGACCUGCCUGCUCACGGUGAGCACGGCACCGGGACACGGCGGAGGAGCCGCGGCUGGCAUCGCCCCUGCCCUGGGGAGGACAGGAGGGGUUGGAGGAGAUGCCCAGUGGGUGCUGGAUGCUUCCUGUGCCUGCCUGGAUGUGUUUCAGCCUUCAGCUUGCUCACCCGUGGCUGAAAAGAGAGGUUGUGGUGCUGGAUAUACCCCUACCAGAAAGGGAGGCAGAAAAUAAGAAAUACAAGUGACCCCUGAUCAGGCACUGCCCCUGCGUAUGGAGAGGGAUUUUCCUCUGCCCUAAUGUUUUGUGUUGUCCGGGGUGAGGUUAAAUAGCUCAAGGAUGAGGCAGCCCUCAACCAGGCUGGCAGCCCUUACAGAUCCUGUGCCAUGUCGACAACUCCAGCCCCAGCCUUGUCCUACCCCCAGCAGGAAACAGGCUCAAAAGGCUCAACUGCCCCUCCAGCCAUAAAGGAAAGGGGCCUAGGAAUGAGUCUGUAUGGGAGGAGAGGCAGUGUCCAGCUCAGGGUGAGCCCCAUGGUCCCCAGCCCCUGCAGUGGGAUCGACUGAACCUCACCUUCUUUGCAUUGCUAGGAUUUAUCUGCUCUCCUGCACCACCACUGCCGGGACCCCCAGGAACCUGGGGCUGUGCUGGGAGUGUGGCACAUGGGGGAGGGACACUGCCCACACACCCAGGGAUGGCCAGGAUGGCAGAAGGAACACUGUCCCCUGAGGCAGCAGCACUCAAAGGGGUCAGGCCGGGGGAACUGAGGAGCCAAUCCCAGUGGGGCUGUCCCCCAAGCCCUGGCCUCCCU